AUGGAGGAGAAGUUCAACAGACUCCUCUUCAUCCCCAUCGCCGCGGUUCUCUUCCUCAUGAUCGGCUACCAGUACGUGUGCCCGGCGGACAGCAACACCUGCUACUUCAGGAGCGACGACAAGGGGCUUUUCCAGCAGUACUCCUCCGGGUUCGAGUUAGUUUACCCGGAGCCGGAGGCGGACGAGGACGCCUCCUGCAAAAUCACGUCCAAAUUCAACUUCACGGAGCGCGACCUGGACCGGCAGGUCGACUUCAACAUCCGGGGAGACGACGUGAUGGUGUUCCUCCACAUCCAGAAGACGGGCGGGACGACGUUCGGGAGGCACCUGGUGAAGAACAUCCAGCUGGAGCAGCCCUGCGACUGCAUGCCCGGCCAGCGGAAGUGCACCUGCCACCGGCCCGGGAGAGCCGAGUCGUGGCUCUUCUCCCGGUUCUCCACGGGCUGGAGCUGCGGGCUGCACGCGGACUGGACGGAGCUGACCAGCUGCGUGCCCGUGGUGAUGAACAAACGGGACAAGAAGAGCGCCCAAAAGAGCAAAAGGAAUUUCUACUACAUCACCAUGCUCCGCGACCCGGUGUCGCGCUACCUCAGCGAGUGGAAGCACGUGCAGCGCGGCGCCACCUGGAAAACCGCCCUGCACAUGUGCGACGGCCGCCCGCCCACCCAGGACGAGCUCCCCGCCUGCUACAGCGGCGAGGACUGGACGGGCGUGCCGCUGGCGGACUUCAUGAGCUGCCCGUCCAACCUGGCCAACAACCGGCAGGUGCGCAUGCUGGCCGACCUCAGCCUGGUGGGCUGCUACAACAUGUCCGCCAUGAGCGAGCUGGAGCGCGGCGGCGCGCUCCUGGCCAGCGCCAAGGCCAACCUGCGCCGCAUGGCCUUCUUCGGCCUGACGGAGUUCCAGCGCAAGACGCAGUACCUGUUCGAGAGGACGUUCGGCCUGCGCUUCAUCCGCGCCUUCACCCAGAUCAACAGCACGCGCGCCGCCAGCGUGGGCAUCUCCGAGAAGGUGCGCUGGCGCAUCGAGGGCCUCAACGCCCUCGACAUGGAGCUGUACGACUACGCCAAGGAGCUGUUCCUGCGGCGCUACCAGCACAGCCGCCAGCGCCAGCACCGGCAGGAGCGGCUCCGGAGGCGGCAGGAGAGGCAGCGGCUGCACAGGACCUACCUGGCAGACCUGUGGAGACUGGGAGGAGGGGAGGCGGAAGAAGAGGAGGUGGAGGUGGAGGUGGAGGCGGAGGAGGAGGCCCUGGAGGGGGUAGCGACCACAGAGGACUACAGCAGCCAGGUAGUGCGGUGGUGA